UGCCCUAUUGGGCUGCUGCUUUUGUUCUGGGCCGACCCGUUUGUCUGGUGACUUAACAAUCUCUCUCUCCGACGCCGCCUCCUCCUGAAGCCUAGUUUUUCAGUCUCCCUCUCUCGGUCCGAAGCCAUUGUCGGCGAAGCAACGUAGCUAGCCGCCGCCCUCGACGAUUAACCCGCCGCCAGCGCUGCUUCGAGUUUUGAUUCCCUAUUUGCGUUGUAGAAUGGCGGAAAGCAAUGCGGUGAUUGGGCUCUCGUGGGAGCCAAAGUUGCCUGCUUUUUCAUCGGCGUCCAAAAAUGGAGGUGGGUCUGGCUCCAAACCUCGCCCCGAAGGCAAUCCGCUUUGGAAACCCAGCACGCAGCUUGUCGAUGGCCUCUUCGUUCCGCCGAAUGACCCGGUAAAGCGGAACAAACUGGCCAAGAAGCAGAUCAAAGACACUGCUGGAACAAGCUGGUUUGACAUGCCUGCACCAACCAUGACCCCGGAGUUGCAAAAAGAUCUCCAAUUACUAAAGUUAAGGAAUGUUAUGGAUCCAAAGAGACACUACAAGAAGGGUGAUGCACAACCUAACAAGUAUUUCCAGGUAGGGACAAUAAUAGAGUCCCCAUUAGAUUUCUUCUCGGGCAGACUUACAAAGAAGGAAAGGAAGGUGUCCCUUGCAGAGGAAGUGCUUUCUGAUCGUAACCUUGGGAACUACAGAAAGCGGAAGGUUCGCGAGAUAGAAGAGAAAAACCGGCCAGGCGGAAAUGAAAAAUGGAAGAUUAAGGGGAAAGGGACGUAUCAGCGUGCAAAGCAAAGAAGGCACUGAUAUAUAUAUAUAUACCAGAUUUUUGAAACUCUAUGGAGAUUUAUUGGUUUCUGUUAUUUGACAAUCAGAGAGGGAGAGGGAGAGGGAGAGGGACUAUUGAUGUCUAACUGUACCAAUGUGACAAUGGAGGAAAUUCUGUAGUUUCAAAUAUUUGAUGGCAUGUUGUUA